CACGCGGCGCGCCCGCCAGAAGCGGGGUCCAGCCUGGGAGGACUCUCUCGCCGGGGCGGCAGCUGCAGUCCAGCAGUGCCGGGGCCGGCCGGCGGAGCGACAGGUCAGCGGGUGAGGCGCGGCUCUGAACCUCGAUGGGAGGAGAGCAGAAGCUGCUGUUGGCAGCUGAAGGAUGAAGUCUCCUCCAUGCUGUCUGUCCCUUUCUUCCGGGGUGUCUGCAGAGGAGCUGGGCGAGAGCACGUCCUUGGGCUCUUUCGAAUCCAGCGUCUUCUGCAGUGAGGAGGAGCCCGUGUCCUUACUGCGGCAGGUGGCCCCAGCCUUGGACCGCAUCACCGUCAACGUGGGAGGCGCCCGCUUUGUGCUAUCCCAGCAGAAGCUGUGCUGCUACCCAGACACUCGUCUUGGCAAGCUGGCGGUGGUGGUAUCGGCUGCCCGGGGUGCCGCCUCUGGCCUCCUGGAUCUUUGCGACGAUGCCAACUUGGUGGAGAACGAGUAUUUCUUCGACCGGAGUUCUCAGGCAUUCCGUUACAUCCACAAUUAUUAUCAGACUGGCCGGCUGCACGUCAUGGAUCAGCUGUGCGCGCUUUCGUUUCUGCAGGAGAUCCAGUAUUGGGGGCUGGAUGAGCUCAGCAUUGACUCUUGUUGCCGGGACAGGUACUUCAGGCGGAAGGAACGGAGCGAAGACUUAGAUAUCAAGAAAGAUACUGAGGACCUGGAUGCCCACGUUGAGGAAGAGGACUUCUCUGGGAGCUUCUGCUCUUGUGUCAGGCAGAAGGUUUGGGAGGUGCUGGAGAAACCUGGCUCCUCUGUAGCUGCCCGAACUUUUGGCACCAUCUCUAUGGCUUUUGUGAUCAUUUCCAUCGCCAACAUGGCUUUGAUCUCGGUGGAACUGAGCUGGCUGCCACCGCAGCUGCUAGACAUCCUGGAGUAUGUGUGUAUCACCUGGUUCACGGGGGAGUUUGCCUUGCGCAUCCUGUGCGCACGGAACAGGUGUGGCUUCAUGAGGAACGUGGCAAACAUCAUAGACCUUCUGGCCAUUUUGCCCUUCUAUAUAACACUGCUGGUGGAGAGCUUGUCUGGAGGAGGGAGCUCCCAGGAACUGGAAAACAUGGGGCGCAUUGUGCAAGUGUUGAGGCUACUGAGGGCUCUCCGCAUGUUGAAGCUGGGCAGGCAUUCCACAGGUUUGCGGUCUCUAGGGAUGACCAUCGCACAGUGCUACGAAGAAGUUGGCAUGCUUCUCCUUUUCCUCUCGGUGGGGAUCUCAAUCUUUUCCACCAUAGAGUAUUUUGCUGAGCAGAGUGUCCACGGCACGAAGUUCACGAGUGUGCCCUGUGCUUGGUGGUGGGCAACAACCUCCAUGACGACUGUUGGCUACGGAGACAUCAGACCGGACACAAUGUUUGGCAAGGUUGUGGCAUUUGUGUGUAUACUGUCAGGAAUACUGGUCUUGGCUUUGCCCAUCGCCAUCAUCAACGACCGCUUCUCUGCUUGCUACUUCACCCUGAAGAUCAAGGAAGCUGCUCUCCGCCAACGCGAAGCCUUGAAGAAGCUAACCAAGAACAUGUCCAGUGACUCCAACGUCAACGUUAAUUUACGAGACAUAUAUGCACGGAGCAUCAUGGACUUGCUGAGACUCAAAAGCCGAGAGAGAACAAGUACCAGGAGCAGCGGUGGAGAUGAGUUUUGGUUUUAAUUUUUUUUAUUAUUAUUUAAUUUCUCGGUGGAUGUCCAAUGUUCCGAUAGCCUUGAUGAUACACUGUUAAGCAGAAGGCUAACGAGCGUUUCUGUUCCUUUCAUAACUGCUUUCUAAGUUGCUGAACGUCCAAAGGAAUAUUACAAGCAAAAACUCUCAGGGUACAUUAAUGUGAACACAUUAUACUUUUCAUCGGAAUAAAAUAGUGGCUCUGUUCAUGUAGAACAGUUAUUUCAAACCUUUGACUCUGAUUCUUAUGUUUGUUCUAAUAUACAGGAAUAAAA